AGGUUACAUACACGUGUUAUUUGUUAUUUCAUUUCUCUUUUCAUUUAUUUAUAUACCUAGUUAAUUUGUGUUAUUAUUCACUGUUUUGGGUUUAGACGAAUAGGAUUUUUGAGAAAUAUUUUUAAUAUGGUGCGAAAAAAAAUUGAUAACCGUAUAAGAAUUUUAAUUGAAAAUGGAGUGAAACUUGGUCACAGAACUUUAUUUGUUGUUACAGGCGAAAAAAGUCGCGAUCAGGUAGUUAUUUUACACCAUAUUCUCUCUAAGGCCUGUAUAAAAGAGAGACCAUCAGUAUUGUGGUGUUAUAAAAACGAAUUGGGAUUUAAUACACACAAGAAAAAACGAAUAAAACAAUUACAGAAUAAAAUUCAAUCAGGAAAACUUGUAGUAAAUGAGGAUGACCCAUUUGAAUUAUUUCUUUCUUCCACGAAAAUACGAUAUUGCUACUAUUCUGAGACUCAUAAAAUACUUGGGAAUACAUAUGGAAUGUGUGUAUUACAAGAUUUUCAGGCCAUUACUCCAAAUCUCCUGGCCAGAACAAUUGAAACUGUUGAAGGAGGUGGCUUGAUAAUAAUUUUAUUACAGUUCCACACAUCUUUAAAACAACUCUAUACUAUGAACAUGGAUGUCCAUCAAAGGUUUCGUACUGAGGCACAUCAAAAUGUUAUUUGUAGAUUCAAUGAAAGAUUUUUAUUAUCAUUGGCUGCUUGUACACAUUGCCUAGUUGUGGAUGAUCAAUUAACAGUUUUACCUAUGUCAUCGCAUAAUAUAAAUGUUACUUCUGUAGAAAAUUUACAUGAACUAUCACAAAAUGAAGUGGAACUUAGUAAUUUGAAAGAUCAAUUUAAAGAUGCACAACCUAUAGGAGUUUUGGUUAAUUUAUCUAAGACAUGCGACCAAGCGAAAGUCUUGCUGAAAUUUAUUGAGAGUAUUUCGGAAAAAUCCUUAAAGACAACAGUAUCACUCACUGCAGCUAGAGGUAGAGGAAAAUCUGCUACAUUAGGUUUGGCUGUAUCUGCUGCAGUAGCUUUUGGUUAUUCAAAUAUAUUGAUUACCAGUCCUAGUCCUGAAAAUUUAUGUACGUUUUUUGAGUUUGUUUUUAAAGGAUUUGAUGCUUUGGGGUAUGAAGAACAUAUUGACUAUGAAUUAAUACAGAGCACGAAUCCAGAAUUUAGUAAAGCUAUCGUCCGAGUUAAUAUUUUCAGAGAUCAUCGACAAACCAUCCAG